UUAUUUGGGAUUUGGCAACACUGAUAUCUUGCGGAUCCUCUCUGUGACUACACAAGCCGCUCUCUUCCCAAAGCAUAGGAGUAAAUAGAAUAAUGGCGUCCGCCAUUGUGUGAGAGACUUUUCACGAGUGUUCGUGGAACAGUUUGGUUCGCUCCACUAUCAACGAUUCUGCUUACCCAGCAAGAGCAUACCGUAAGCGGAAAAGAAAAGAAGAAUACAGCAGGCAGCCAGCAGAAAGUAAAAUUUGGCACAUGGUCCUUUUCUCCACAGUUUCUACUUUGUAAAUACAUUUGUACAUAUAGCGGAGAUGAGCACACAAGCCCGUUCCGGAGGUGGUGGCGGAGGCCGCAACAAGUCCAAAGCCGGCAAGGAGAACAAAGAGAAUGCCGGCACGGAUGAGCAACUCCAACAGCAGCUGCAGCCGCAACAACAACAGCAGCAGCAGCAAAAGGGAAGCGCUACAAAUAACUCCAGCAGCGGCGAGAAACAGAAGAAGGGCACAGAAAACAGCGGUUCCAAAGGUGGUGACUCGAAGGACAAGCAGACGAUCACUCACACAAUCAAGACAAAGCAACCAACAGCCGAACAAAUUCGCAUUGCUCAAAUCACAGACAUUAAAAGUGGUAUGGACGAUCCUAAGAUUCAGGAGAAGAUCCAGAAGCUGAUGGAGACAACGCAACGUUCGGAAGAGGAGGUCUGCUGCGCUCUGCAAGAGUGUGAUAAUGAGUUGGACCGCGCGGUGAUUUUCCUUCUGGAAACUUUGCCGGUUGGUGCAUUCGCCACGACUUCUAAAAAGAAGAAAAACAAAUCGCAGAAUAAGGAGCAGAAUGACGCUGCCCCGAAUGAAGGCGAUUGGGAUAAUGGUGGAAUGAACACCGGUUCAGGCUCAGGAGGCGGCGGCGUAAAUGUCGAUUCGAAGGAUCGUCGUGGAAAUCGUGGCGGUAAUAAUCAGCGUUCUGGUGGCCCUGGUAGUGCUGGCGCUGGUGCUGGUCGUGGUGGUCGUGGGAACUUCCGUGAUGGAGACCGUGGAGGCGAUCGGGAUCGGAAUGGCUUCGAUCGUGGCGGACGUGGUCCACGCGGUCGAGACGGUCGCGACAGUGGUCCAGGUCGUGGAAGUUAUGGUGGUGGUUCACGAGGAGGACGUGGCGGCGGUCCACGGGUGGGUACUCGUGGUCCAAGCUCUCGGGAUCAGAACCGUGGAUCUCGAAUGACGGAUCAUCAGGAGAUCGACGCGUGGGAUCCAGUAACGACCGCCAAUACCAAUGAUCUCAACAAACCGGAGGAAUCUACUGCGUUCACCGAUACUUGGGGAGACUGGGACAACGAGGAGUAUACGGGUUCGUUGUCGGAUACCAAAGUUUUUACACCGAGCACGCAGACUGGAACGGUCACUCAGCAGCCGCAACAACAACCGCAGCAACAACAAACAACUUCACAGUUGCCGCAAGGACAAACAAACCUGCCUCCAACGCAACCGCAAUCGCAGCCCCAGCCGCCGCAAGUUGUUUCUGUUCAGCCCGCCUCUGUCCCAUCUACAGUGACGAAUGUUGCGGAACUGUCUGCUCCACCAGGGUUGGAACAACAAAUUCUGAAUCCUCCACAGCCGAAAGAGACUGAUUUGGUGCAACAGUACAGUACCACCGUUGUAUCGAGCACGGCGACAGCAGCUGCUGCUGCGAGUAAUUCUGUUCAGUAUCCGGAGCUUCAAGCACCAACUGCUGCCCAGCAUUUGCGUCAGGCUCUCGAUAUGCCGCAAGUUAACUCGUCGUCGUCGCUCUCAGCUGAACAAUCACAGUAUUUCAAUACACUAUCUUCUCAAAAUUCCAGUCUUCAGUCGAGCCUUGGAAAUUCUUAUCAACCGAACACUGUGCAAUAUCCGACCACGUAUGGGUCGAGCAACAGUUAUAGUGACCAAGUUACUUCUGCUCAGCAGCCGCCGGUAGCACGAAGGCAGCGAGCGCGGGUUCCGCCGCCGUCCAAAAUUCCAUCUAGUGCCGUUGAAAUGCCAGGAGAUAGUCUGAACAACAUUGGCUAUUUGGAUGUGCAAUUUGGGGGGCUCGAUUUUGCUACAGACGACACGUUCGACAAUGCUUCUGUGACGGACAAGUUCAACACCAAUAGUUUAGAACAGACUUCGACUACGUCGGUGCAACUUCCACCGGCGGUUCAAGCGUCGCAAUCGGAAGUUAACGAAUUUCAGAAUAAACCUAGUGUAAACAAUCUUCAACCCAAGUCCAAUCUCACAAGUAGUUUGCAGAGCUCGCAAAUUAUAUCCGGACAGACUGAUUCACUCACGGCAACCCAGAAUGACACUCUGUCCAAUAGCUACACACAACGCAACAGUUCCACCGUGGUUCCUUCCUCGGUUAGCACUGGCGUCAAUGUGAAUUCCAUCAAUAGUACUACGUCAUCAUUGGAACAACUGACUAAGACUGAUCCUUAUAGUCAGUCCACCGGAACGAAUGCUGGAUCUGGCGGAUAUCAAAAUGUUUCGUACUCAACAUCGCAGGCGAAUAAAAAUCCAUCGUAUCCAUCGUCGGCUGCGCCGCAGGGAUACAAUAAUUCUAGUUAUUCUAGCACACAGGUGUCCAGUAAUACGUAUCCAGCGUCGUCGAACAAUUACGGUUCGUAUAACCAGGGUGGCGUAAAUUCAUACCAACAGCCAGGCAGUAACGUUUCAAGUAACGUAGUGCCCAAUAACUCUAGUAAUUCGGUUGGUGUGUCAACGGUCCAGUCUAACGUGAACCUGCCAGUAAAUAAUAACGUUGGCAACAACAGUUCAAACACCAAUGCUGGAUAUUUGUCUAGCCAAUAUCCCGUCAGUCAAACCUCGUCGGCCUUCCCCUCCCAACAAAGCUAUCAGAAUAGCUCGCAGAACGUGUACGGAAAUACGGGACUCAGCAGUAAUACCGGGUACUCUGGCAGUACAAACACAGCUUCCGGGCAGUAUAGUAACUUUAGUAGCUCAAAGCUAAAGGACACACCGGUUUCUACACAGUUCGAGAGUGUUGCAUCCAGCACCGCUUCUAAUAACAACAAUAACGCGAACAACAACAGCGUUUCGAGUUCAUCGUCAUCACUACCAAAUAGUUCCGUGGUAUCCACGACAAGUAUGAGUUCACCAUCGCUUGGUUUAACGAAUACUAAAGUGACCAAUUCCACAGCUAAAAGCAGCAGCGGUACCGGUGUGGUACCCAACAUACCCAUGGUCAGCCCGUACAUCCAGCCCGGCGUACCCUUCUAUCAACAGCCGGUCUACUCGUACGAGGACCUACAAAUGCUACAGCAGCGUAUGUCACAUGUGCCUGGAUACUACGAUAUGAACUACCAGACGCCGACGAGCCUCGGUGCGGCCGGGGUACGCGACGCUAACCUCGGUUCCGUCGCGUACUCGACCAUGUCCGAUGGUCGGUUCACUCGGACCGAUAACAACUCGUCUCCUGUUAGUAAUGUUCCAAGUACCAUGUCACAACAAACAGGGUCUGGUGGUCCUAUGUUGAACCUGCCAUACGCUUAUUUUUACGGCGGUAAUGUGAUGCCCGGCGGCUUCCAAUAUGGCACCCCAGCAAUUUAUCCUCAACAAAUGGCGACGAACGCGACGUCCGGCGGACAGUUCCAAAAACCAGCAUACAAUAGUGGAUAUGGUACCAGUGGAUACGACACGUUGAGUCAAGCUGGACAAGACUAUAACAAAAAUCCGUACCCAUCGUCGGGCGUUGGGCAACAGUCGAAAGGACAAACUGUAACUAAUCCACAGUCCGCGGGAGGAAGUGGUUCUGAUAUUGCGCCUUCGAUGUAUGGCAAAAGUCAUGUCGCGUUAAGUAAAGUCAAUUCAUAUGAUAAUAAGUCGUUUCACUCUGGUACUCCGCCACCUUACAACAUAGCUGGCACUCAGACUGCUGGUGCAACGUCUGGACAACCCUACGGGCAGCAUCUCUAUAUCCCGACGAUGCCAACUCAUCAUAACAUCAAUAUGCAUCAGGCAAUGCAUCAGUUGGAUAAUAGAAGCUUUAGUAGUGGUGGUGGUGUGAUGAGGGAUUCCAACAGCAGUGGUCAAAGACCACAAUCGAACAGCCAGGGAAAGACUGCAACUAAACAAGGCUAUUCACCGUCUACUUACUGGACUGCGCAGAACUAAAUACAUGUUUACAUUUAAAUUAACGCUCUAGUGCUCGCGAGGUGUAUUUCGAGCAAUUUGAAGUUUGCAGAUGAACCGAAGUCGAGGCAGAGGAAAAGUGCUAACAGGUACAUCCGGAGAACAUUCAUCAAGAAAGAAUUCAUACAGACACAUACAUUCACUCAUAGCUGCAAAUAGACAAGCAUUCAUUUACCGAGAGCUUUUUCGUUCAUUAACGGUACGGCGAGUCGAAGAUUGAACUGUGUGAAAGAGAUAUAAGAAGAAGAUUGAAUAUUUCAAAGCAAACAAAAAAAGAUCUACUUAAAAUUCAGCCGAACUCGAAUGAAUUUGAAAAGUAAAUACAUUAAGACACUCAUUUAGAGCAAAUAGAAAAUCUUUGAAUCAAUUCAAUGAAACAAAAAAAACAUUCGUAAACCAGGACAAAAAUUAAAUACACGUUUACUAUAUAAUGAGAGCAGCUGUAAGUGAGUAUUCUCGGUUUUCGUUUAAUUUUGAAAUAAAUGAGUCUUCUUUUUAAUCGUUUUGUGUAAUUUUAAUCGAACCAGUCGUGCAAGAAGGGAGAUGGUUAAACAUAAUAGUAGCAAGCGCAAGUAAAUGAAAUGGAAAUAGUAUACAAAGAGCGCGUGCGUGAAAGCCAGCAAAAAAAUACAUAAAUAAAUAACAUGUUCUGUAAUAAUUUAAUUUAAAUGUAGAAACGAAAUUUCUAAAUAUACCUGUAAACAUUUUA